ACAGACGUGACUCACGUAACCGCCAGGCGACAAAAAAAGGGUAAAGCGGGCGGGGGAACCGGGGCAGAGCGGAGCUGGAGACCAGAGCAGCAGCAGCAGCAGCUACAGCCGCCGCAGCAACAAAGUAUCAACCCCCCCCACCACCACCACCAGCAAUAAUAAUAACAAUAACAACAGGAGCAGCAACAGUAACACCAGCACCAGCAGUGCAAUGGCAGCUUAUCUCAAGGUCUUCAAUGCCAUCCGACAGAGUGCCAUCAGCAAACCCCCACCGGCAGUGCUGACUCCUGCUCUCUGCCAACAUGUGCAACGAAGGAACUAUGCAGACAAGCGCAUCAAGGUGGCCAACCCCGUGGUGGAGAUGGACGGUGAUGAGAUGACCCGCAUUAUCUGGGCAUUUAUCAAGGAGAAGCUCAUCCUUUCCAAUGUUGAUGUGGAGUUGAAAUAUUUUGAUCUGGGUUUGCCAUACCGUGACUCCACUAAUGAUCAGGUUACCAUCGACUCUGCGAUUGCAACCCAAAAGUACAAUGUUGCAGUGAAGUGUGCCACAAUAACUCCCGAUGAGGACAGAGUAGAAGAAUUUAAGCUGAAGAACAUGUGGAAGAGUCCAAAUGGCACAAUUAGAAACAUCUUGGGUGGUACCGUUUUCCGUGAGCCUAUUAUCUGCAAUAACAUUCCCAGACUUGUUCCUGGUUGGAGUCAGGCCAUUACCAUUGGCAGACAUGCACAUGGUGACCAGUACAAAGCUGUAGACUUUGUGGUGGAUCAACCUGGAAAAUUCAAACUAGUCUUUACUCCCAAGAAGGGGGGUGCUGCACAGGAGUGGGAUGUGUAUGACUACCCUGGAGGUGGUGUUGGUAUGGGCAUGUAUAAUACUGAUGAGUCCAUUACUGGUUUUGCCCACAGCUGCUUCCAGUAUUCACUGCAAAAGAAGUGGCCACUCUACAUGAGCACGAAGAAUACUAUCCUGAAGGCCUAUGAUGGGCGCUUCAAAGAUAUCUUUGAAGAAAUCUAUCAGCAAAAUUACAAGGGCGAUUUUGAGAAGGCUGGUAUAUGGUAUGAGCAUCGUCUUAUCGAUGACAUGGUAGCUCAAGUGUUGAAGUCUUCGGGUGGAUUUGUUUGGGCCUGCAAGAACUAUGAUGGUGAUGUACAGUCUGAUAUUCUUGCCCAAGGGUUUGGUUCUCUUGGGUUGAUGACCUCUGUUUUGGUUUGUCCUGAUGGAAAGACGAUUGAAGCAGAGGCAGCUCAUGGCACUGUUACACGUCAUUACAGAGAACAUCAGAAGGGUAACCCUACUAGCACUAACCCAAUUGCAAGUAUCUUUGCUUGGACUCGAGGCCUUGAACACCGUGGAAAGCUCGAUGGCAAUCAAGCACUCAUCAGCUUUUCCCAGACACUUGAAAAGGUUUGUGUUGAAACUGUGGAGAGUGGUGUCAUGACCAAGGAUCUGGCUGGGUGCAUCCAUGGCCUUCAUCAUGUCCGUCUGAAUGAACAUUAUGUGAACACCACUGACUUUCUGGAUGCCAUUAAGAACAAUUUGGACAAAGCCCUGGGCAAGAAGUAGAUGGCUGAUGGAUAAUUAUUGUAACUCAACUCACAUCAAACUAGGGUUUUUUUCUCCUCAGAAGGGGAAAGCCAGUCAUUUACUUUUUUAACAUUUAAAUUAAAUUUAUAAAUAAGUUUUUCCUAGUGCUACUGGGUGGACUUUGUACAGAAAGGUUAGACUGGUAUCUUUUGUAUUGUCAAACAGUUCACUCAAAAUCUGUAAUAUAUUUUGUCUAUCAAUGAGGUACAUGUGUUGGUAUCAAGAAGGCAAUAAAAAUCUUUAAUCCA